AGCAUCCCACCUCUCCAACAUCUGCUCAUAUCAGAAAUGGCCUCCAUGUUUUCCACAUUCGAGGCGUUCGACAUUGCAUUCAGAUUUCUCUCCACCUCCGUCUCCUUAGCCGGAAUCUUGAUGCUCAUCCGAUCCUUGGCGAGCGAGGUCAUUCUUGACAAGCUCAGAUCUUACUUCUUCUCCUUCCUUGACUACCUCUCAUCCUUCUUUCACUACCUCUUCAACUGUUGCUCUACCAACCUCACUCUCGUUAUCAACGAAAGGGACAACAUGUCAAGAAACGAAGUCUACGACGCCGCCGAGCUCUAUCUCCCCACCAAGAUCGGGCCCAAAACAAAGCGGCUCAGGCUCAGCAAAACCAAGAGUGAAGAGAAUUUCGCUCUCUCAAUGGCUAAUGGUGAAGAGAUCGUAGAUAUUUUUGAGGAAAUUCAGCUGAAAUGGAGGUAUAUCUGUCACCGCAUACAGAAUCGGGACGGAUUUACAGAGGAAAAAAUCUUCGUACUCAGUUUCCGCAAUAAGUUCAAAGAUCAAGUGGUCGGCGUUUAUUUACCUCAUGUUUUGGCCAGGGCUGAACAAAUCAAAGAGCAGAACAAAGUGGUUAAAAUCCAUAGUGUUGGCUCUCGUAAACCACCCCGCUGGAGUUCCGCGAUUCUUGAGCAUCCAGCCACAUUCGACACCGUAGCCAUGCCUCCGGAGCAGAAGAAAAUGAUAAUCGAUGAUUUGGAGAGGUUCCUGAACCGGAGGGCGUUCUUCAAGAGUGUGGGGAAGGCCUGGAAACGAGGGUAUUUGUUGUACGGCCCUCCAGGUACUGGAAAAUCGAGUUUGAUUGCUGCCAUGGCCAAUUACCUCAAGUUUCAUAUAUACGAUCUGGAGCUUGCAAGUAUUAAAUCAAAUUCAGAAUUGAGAGAACUUUUGUUAUCAACAACCAGCAGGUCAAUUCUUGUGAUCGAGGACAUAGAUUGCGGCAUUCAGGUUCAAGACAGAAAAAUUCAAUCAGAAUCCGAUGAUUCCUACGAAAGGUUAACGCUAUCUGGCACAUUGAACUUAAUUGAUGGACUGUGGUCAAGCUGUGGGGGCGAGAGAGUCAUUGUGUUCACGACCAACCACAAGGACAGGCUUGACCCGGCACUGCUGCGUCCAGGCAGGAUGGACGUGCACGUCAACAUGUCCUAUUGCAGGGUUGAUGCGUUCAAGAUCUUGGCUUCUAAUUACCUGGACAUCAGCAACCAUCCCCUGUUCGGAGAAAUCGAGAGCUUGAUAGAGAGCAAGGAGGUGACCCCAGCAGAGGUGGCAGGGGAACUGAUGAGGAGUGAAGAUGCUGACGUCGCUCUUCAAGAACUUCUUAAAUUCAUUAAAGAGAAGAGUGAAUGUGAUGAAAUUGGGGGGCAAGUUGCUGAGAUUGAAGAAGCAAACAGUUUGAAAAGUGAUAAUAAGGAAAAGGAAAUUGGGGGAGGUUGGGGUCAGGAUCGCAACACGAAGUAGGUGAAGAAAGGGAGGGACAAAGGAUUGACUGAGUAGAAGUGCCGAAAAGUUUUUUCACUGAAUAUAUACGGUGUAGACUUUGGUUGCAGAGUCCCUGCUUCAAUUGAUGUUCUUGUUAACGCAUGAAAUCACGUCUGUUAACUAGUGAUGUUAGUUCUUGUGCGGUGGCAGUUGCAGUUUUGUUUAUUUUGCUUAGUGGUGUAGCAGUUUAUAUUGGCAGUCCGUAACUUCUUUGUUUUUAGCAACCGUCACAAGUUUCAGGUUUUUUCCUAGAAACAGUGUGUAUGUUUGGUGCUGUGAUUUUAAUACAGUUUAUGUAUUUCAUUUCUGAAGUUUAAUCCUUGAGUUUAUGUUCAUUUAAUGUUCAUUUUCACUUGAGGUUUCAUCUUUACAUAAUCAGUUCUGAAAAUUGGGAAGAAGGCAAAUUGAUGUAGCGUAAAUAAGACCAGCAAGGUUAA